AUGUCUAUCCACAACGCCUCAGCAAAACCCUCUCAAUCCUCAAUCAUCUGGCCAAACCGCUACACACCCGGCACAACUUCCAACUUCGUCUCCAACGAAGUAAUAGCCAGCAAUUUAACCGCUUCCCAAWUCUGGAAAUACCUGGCUGAUAUUUCCCAAUGGGAAAAAUACUAUUGGAAUUCCGGAGAAAUCACUCCUCCCUCCUCGGGUCAAAUAUUAAACAAAGACGACGAAUUUAAAUUCUCCACGUUCGGCUUCCCUCCUCUCCCUUGCACCGUCAAGGAAUCCGUGCCGCCUUCUUCCUCCCCAGCAGGUCAUGAGGGAAGAAUUGCCUGGGAGGCCGUUACAGGGGAAGGAGAGGAUAAAAUUUACGUCUAUCAUGCUUGGCUUGUGGAGGAUUUGUCUGGUGAUAGAGUGAGGAUUCUUACGCAAGAGAGUCAAAUUGGGAAGGUUUUUGAGGAGUUUGCGAGGAGGAAGCCGAAUCCUAUGUUGAAUGGGCAUCAGGAUUGGUUGGAGGGGUUGGUGCAUGCUGCGAGGGGGGAAGCUAGUGAUGAACCUGGAGAGUGGAGCAAGGAUUAUAGGAGGAAUUGA